UACACAUGAUCUGCGCAUGUGCGAAGAAUCUGCUUAACGCAGCACCAGUAGUUUUUCCCAAUUGAAUGUCAGGACUGUUGAGAAGGAUUGACAUAACCAAGCUAAAGAAUUUAAUACAGAAAAAUUUGACCAUGGCUAACAGGAAAUGCACAAGAUAUUCCAUGUACUGGGAGGAGACUGAGUGCCUGAGCUACUAUGAGAUGUUGUCCCUUCAUGAGAUCUUUGACAUUGUGGGCUCUCAGCUCACCGAGAGCGAUGUUGAGGUUUUGUCCUUUCUCCUCGAUGAAACCUAUCCUGGGAAACAUCCCCUCAGUCCUGAGGGAUGGACUGAGGAAUUACCUCCAGGGCCAGAUGGAAAUCCACAGAGUAAUCCUCCAUGUCCACGGCUGCUGAAGUCAUGGCGAAGGACACAGACGCAGAAUGGGGCUUGUCCUGUCGCCUCACGCCACCGACCCAAGAGCGGUGUUGAACUGCUGUUAGAGUUGGAGAGACGAGGAUACAUAAGUGAGGGAAACUUCGAGUCUUUGUUUCAGUUGCUGCGAAUUCUGACACGACAUGACGUCCUACCUUUUGUCUCACAAAAGAAAAGAAGAACAGUAUCUCCAGAGCGAGAGAGAAUUGACUACCCAGAAGUGGAGACCAGAGAGGAUGCACAAAUUUGCUCAAACACAGAGAUGUCAUACUUGGAAAACACACAAAACCAACACUGGAGAACAGGUGCUGGUGCUUCUGCCACAGUGACCACCCCAGCCCGACGGAGGCAUGGCAGAGGCCGUCGCUGGAGUAAAAAAUCCAAAGAUAAGCCUGAAAUUCAGCCACAGCCAACACCCGACAAAGUGACUUGUGCUAGACGGGAGCUGUCCUGCCAUCAGGGCAUUGCUAAAACUCCGAGCAGCGAGUGACAAUAAUGGCACAGUAGGUAAGGACAUGUUGAGACAAAGAAAUGCCUUCUUGAAAUUUGUUAAAACAAGCAACUGUCUGUUAUGUAAGCAUAUAAUAUGACAGAUGUUCACUAUUAGGUCAGUUUGGUCCCUUCACUGUUUUUACCUCAUGCAGUACAGCAUUACAAACUUACUCAAGAUCGUCUCAUUGAGUAACAGUGACUGUUUUUGGCAAAAAAUGUUUAAUACUUUUUUAGGUUGAUUGGGGAUGAAUGACUCAAUAGUAAUUAAUUUGGUAUUUUGCAUAAUCUAUUAUUUUUUGUCAACUAAAAAAAGCAAAAAAAUAAACUUUUGAUCAUUUAACCUGCAUGGUGCUCACCUUCUGAUCUUGGCCCAAAUGGGUUCACAGUCUUCCUUCUGGUGUGCCUUAAAAAUAAUUUUCUUUGAGAUCAAGAUUUUAACCAUUAACAGACUUUUUCUUAUUAAAACUAUCAAAUGUGUCUGAUGCAUGAACCACACACUGAACCUUAUACUUUUUAAGAAUAAAUAACAUUCAGAGAAAUCUGUUUGCCAAGAGGUGGAAACUCAUGGAGAUUGAGAUUCAUGGUCAGUAAAAAAAACUUUGAUAAUAACAACAAAUUUGAAUAUCAUCAUUUAGUCUUCGAGUAUCUGCACAUUACUUGGAUGCAUUCCACCUCAGAUAUUGCAUUCAAAUGUGUUAGUUAAAAACAGAGUAGACAAAUGCCCUUUGUGUUAUUCUACAUUCUAAUUUUUUUCAGUGUGUGAGUCUGAAUCUAGACACGCUGUUUGUCCCUUUCAUUGCGCCAAGAUGCUCGACACAAUCGGUUUUUGUCAGUUUUGCCACAGAUGCUUAUUGUUCCUUUAUAUUUGUCUGUACAGGAAUGCAUGGCUCUGGAAAUAAGCUUCUUUGUGUGUGCUGCAAAAAAACUUAAAACUCUAUUGAAGUUGCGCAUUUCAUAGCAUAUUUAUGUCACAAUUUUAGAAAUGUGCUUAGCUUUCCUAAAGACAACAAGCAAAUCCGUAAAUGUUCUGAUUUUAAUUGUUUUACAAUCCUAACGGUAGUUGCUCUUAUAACCUGGGCAAAUGCUUGUUUAGGGCAGCACGAUAGGGUGAUUCUCACGAAAUCCAGAUUUAGAAGGUGUCCAGCAUCAGAAUUUUUAAAAAGCUCUUGAAGCCAAUUUUUUGGCACAUAUAAGGUCUGAACUUAUUAUAAACAUUAUUUUUAGAGGAUUAAAAAAAUAUUUCCUAUAGAAUUAUUCAAAUUUUUUAGAUUAUCAUUAUCAAAAAUUAUCAUUACCGCAACAUAUUACAUUAAAUACAUGCAUUUACAAACUCAAAAUGUUUCGGUAAUGAAAAUUAAAAAGUUGUCUAAGUUGACUAUGACAAAACAAAAUUUUAACUUUUAUCUGGAGAGAAAAAAUAAGAACUGCUUACCUGGCAGCCAUCUUGAGUGUCACCGUCAAUUACGUCCCUUCCAACUAUUUAUGUUUGAAAAUUUUAGUUCCAUGAGAGCUUAAACAAUGAUUGAAAAUUGUUGCAGAGGAUGAGAAAAUUGGUCUUGGACACAUUUAUAUUCCUUAUUAUUGUCUCUUCAUUUACCAAUGAUCACCAAAUACCACAUGUUUCUUUACUGUACAUGUUUAUAGUAUAACACACACUGAAGCAUUCAGAUUUUUUUAAUUAUAAAUUUUCCAUGUCAAAGAACCUAAAUCCAGUCAUUGACACAUUGCGGUAAUGAAAAUGUUCCCUUUAAAUGUGAAAAAAACAUCAAAAUUGGUUUGUAUGAUGUCACGAGAUGUUUGUAACUGUAUGCUUCUUAUUUUGAUACUCUUACUUUGCAUUUCCUUUUUUAUCAAAAUGUUUCAUGACACCUCAUAAGUCUAAUUUUGCGAGAAUCACCCGAAAAUACUGUGUUCUUUAACUCUUCCUAAUGAGACCAGAUCAAAAAUAACAUAGGAUAGGUAGAUUUAGGAUAUCCGUUAUGUUUCUGCAAUUUUUUGCUGUUUAUUGGUUGUUUAUAAGAAUGUUUGACACUAGUUGUGCUUUAAAGCUGAACUCACUUCAGUUGCCCCACUUCCUUAUGUUAUAACUUAUAGACAGAAAAGUGCUUACUGAGUUACUUUCUUUAGUUUUUAUUUCCUUUACAUUUUCCAUCAACUUUCCUCUUGCAGUUAUUUAAUUCAUUUUUCUCUGGAUAAACAGUUUUCAGUGUGAAUAAUGCCUGUGAUAUGUUGAAAUUCUGAAUGAAGUAUAUUUAAGAGAAUCAAGAGAUUAUUCAAUUUUUGUCCACUGUGGCAUCACCUUUUAUAUCCCACUGUUUCAUAUCCAAUAAAACACCGCCAGUCACUGUCAUUUCACAUAUAUUUGAAAGUAUUUAUUCCCCCCGCUGUGUAACUGAGCCUUGAUGCAGCUAAUCUAAUUUCGGCGCUGGCUUUGUGUUUAGUGACACACGAUUCCCUUAUGCUGUAACACACUUGACCUGUUCUGUAAACGUUUCACACUCGGUGAGUGCUGGGAAUUUUUGUCCUAUAAAAAGCAAAUGCAUCAAACCUCAAAAUCUAUCCCCUCCCCCGUUACAUUUAUGUUUGAUUCAUAUAAAAAAAUUAUGGGAUACACACCUGGAUUAUUACAUGUUUGUUAAGAAACCGAUUUUCUGACAGUCCUGCUUUGCCAUGAUUGACCUUUGACCUGUUUUGCUCCUGAACUAGCUGAACGUGCUGAUUGCUGUGUUGACUCCACAUUUGAUCUUGGCAGGUUGACUCAAGUAAACAAAGCAGCAGAAUGGAUAGAGUGAAUGAGACAGAGCUCACAACAAAAACAAGUGUGUGCUGUCCUCUCUGUCCAAUCAUACACAGCGCUUUAACUCACGCGCCUGGUCCAUGUCCUAAGGUAAAGAACCCCCUUCCUAGCUCGCAUAGGAGGAGGGGUGACAUCUAAUAAUGUGUGUACAAAUGUCAGUUUCCUUUUGUUACUGUCCAUUUCGUCAUUACUUCUACAUGUGCUAAUAGGAACUAGACUUGGGAAAAAAUAGGAACAUUAUCCUCUCUGGAGGGGUUGUUGGCCUCAGUGUUUCACAGAACUGACUCAAAGAACGCAUUAAAAUGAUUAGGUGUCUUGUGAAUUUGUCCGCACAUACAACAUUGUCUUGCCUGUAAAUGGCUCUUUUUUACAUUCUAUUUUACGUGCCAUACAUCCUUUGACUAAACUCGUCCUGGUUUUACACUCAAAAGUCCUCGGUGAAAGUUUACUGGAGCAGUUCUGAGGAAAGUGACCCAACAGUUCUUGUUUAGCCCCAUCCUAUCAGAUUUUGCUAUGUGAUUUUUUUUUUACAUUUAAAUAUUUUGGUCAGCUAUCUAAAUCUGCCAUUGUUUUGAUUAUUGAGAAUUGAAUAAUUCCACUGUAAAUGUAAUGUAAUGGUGCCUGAUAAGCUCUUUAUGGACCCUAGAAUUUUUCACCUGUGGCCUGCUUGACCACAAAAUAAGACCAAAAACUGUUUCAACAACGUUCAUCCAAAACUGCUUGUCUCUCUCUCUCUUCCUCUCCUUUCUCUAUGUCCACAGUUGAAAAACAGACUGACAUACAAGUGUCAGGGACAAAAACAAGUUGGAAAGCCUCACAUACUAAGAGAGGGAGAAAAUAGUUUGAGCCUGAUCUAUGUUCGCAAUUGGUCAGCUUUUUGCCUCCGAUUCUCUCCCUCCAUCUUGGUUUGUUGAUCAACAGAAAAGAAGGAUCGAAAUAUGUUUGGAAGCUCUUCGCAUGGAGCAACUACCCAAAAAAUGAUGCACAAGAUUUUCUUUUGAUUUACAAAUUUCUUUUAGAUUUUAUUUUGAUAGAGAAAUGUGGGUACUUUUAAAUCUAAGUUAAAUAAUAUAUGUAACUUCAGAGUUACAUUCUAAAUUUUACCUUGCUGAGGCAAAAACUUUAAAGCCUACAAAUCUUAAGGAUAAAAAUAUUCAUUGUACUGCUUAUGAUGGGUACCUUGUGUGAACUGAAAUUAAAGUUCUGACGCUAGAAGCAGAGGACAACAAUGUUUAGUAUUUAUUUGAGGAGCUCCAAAAAUGUUGUUCAGUGGAACUAAAAAGUGCUCUGUAAAUGUGUGCUAUGUUUAAUAAGAACGUUAAAGACUUUUGUGUUUUAAGAUUU